AUAGCAGAUCGCAAAUCCACGGAGUGAACUUGUGCAACGUGCGAUACAACCCCGCUUAACUGUUCGCCGGUCGAAGGACGUGAAAAUCGGAAGAUAGAAGGGUCAGACGUUCGAAUGUAUUUUGAGGAGAGCCGCAUCCGUGAACGAAAAGAAGAGACGUUUGAAACUGAACUUUGCAUUAGCCAUCGUAUUUUUUUUGUCUGCGAGACUUGUACACGUGACUCUACACGAUGGCACUGAUCCUGUUGAUACCUAUAAUCGGAUUUGUGGCAGCCAAUCCUUUUCCAAGCACAUUGAAGGACCGAUUAGCUCCUCAAGUCCAAAAGGAGCUUUCGCUUUCUACGGAAAAUUAUUUGGACACAAUAGACGACAGUCUAGAUAAAAUUAAUGAAAUGGUAAUAAAAGAAAAUAUGAAUAAGACACUAUCAAUCCCGAAGCAUACAAUAAACUAUAAUUUCAAAGCUUCUGAAUCAAAGAUACGUGAAAUAAAUGAGACAAAUGAAAUAAAUGAAAAGAGGGCACAAGGACGGAAACGUAAAGCUAUUCUUGUAGAUUAUCCUCUGUUAUCGCGUAUUUUACAUUAUCCAAGGGUACCUACAUAUGAAAUCGACUACAACGACAAUUCAGAGUUGACAACCAUGGAUAGAUCGUCAGGCGCGUCUAAGAGAUACCAAGAGAGUGAUAUCUUUUAUAUUCGACUGCCGCCCAUUCCAUACAUGUUCGUACCCGGUCUCGGAUAUAUCUCGCAACCACCUACGUACUCGGGCGCUUCCCUGAAGCCCCAGAUACCCCUCGUUUCUCAACUAGUCCAGCUACAUCACGUGAGACCUGUGCGACCUCAGCCAGCCUCUCAGCAGACCGUUAAUCCCUUCAUCAAAUUGCCUAUAGACUUCAUAAGCAACGGCAAGCCCACCUCCGUUUACCAAUGGCAGAAGAAGCCUGGCAAGAAGCCAACCGACAGUCCUAUCACGAACUUGGACAACCUGUCAGCCGACUUCGUGAACAACGGUAAGCCGACCUCUAUUUAUCAAUGGCAGGCGAAUCUCAGGCCGGUAAAGAGGCCGGAUGAUUCGCUUAAUAGCCUUGAUAUGGGACCUUACACCUUCAAUGGCAAACUAACCAGCGUGUAUUUGCUUGAAUCGGAUGAUUCCACCUCAAUGCAUCAGUCCAUUCGACAUUCCAAUUAUCAAAAUGCACGUGACUAAAUUUAAUUUGUAUUAUGUCGCAUAUUAAAAUUCGGAAACAUCC